CGACGUAAACAAAGGCGGCGGGACGGUCACAAGCCACGCCGGGGGGACUAUUUUUCCUCAUUAUUAUUUACUUAGACAUGUAAACAAGACCUUAAGCACCGAGGAAGAUAGAAUAAGCUCUCGAGAUAGUGUGGAGAGGCUGAAAUAAGGGUGAUAGGGCGAUAAAUAAGGUGAAAUGAGCGUGAAUUUGUGGCGGCCGUCCCUGCCACCACUCCGCCGGCUGCUGGGAGGAGGCGCGGCGAGAGUGUCCAGACAGGCGGGCAUGGGCACAGCGGCAGCGGAGGACAAAAUCGUCAUCCCCGCCAGAAUCCAUCGCUCGCCCACGGACAUACUGAAGGCCUUGGCAGGGACAGUGGGCAGGGACACUACAGGGCCACACUACAAGUACCACGAUGACCCCUAUCUGACCCCUUGCUCCAACCUGACCAAGCGCUCCUACGCCCUGUCCAAGGAGUCCGGGAGGAAGGCUGCGCGAUGGAUCAGGGACCAGCACCCACAGCUCUUCACCCAUCGCCCUGAGGAGCCGUUUGUGGAGGGCUUCUACCCCAAGACCGAGUAUAGCGAGGAUAGCAAGGGUGGCGGAGGCGAGGUCAGCGGCAACACCCUCACACACCUGGUGGGGCGCGGGCAGGUGUCCGACGCCAUCACUGUGUAUCACCUGUGCGGGAAGAAGGGCGUAGAGCUGUCCGAGGAUGUCCUGCAGGCCCUUCUGGAGAUGCUGUGUUUUUAUAAUUGUGAGGAGCCGCUGGACUCUACCUGGGUGGAGGAGAGAUGGUUCAGGCAAGCCACGCCCACCGUCAGGAAGACAUGGAAAGACCAAGGGUUGGCAGAGGAGGUGUUCGCAACCCUGCCCAACAAGGGGUCACCUGCCUACUGUGCGCUGAUCAGGGGCAUGGCUCAGUACUACCAGGUGGACCGAGCCUGGCAGCUGUACCAGGAGUGUUGUGAGAAGGGCAUUGCCGUGGACACCGCCACCUACAACGCACUCAUCAGGGUCGCGUCCCUGCUACGAGAUGCCGCUGACCUGCGCUGGCAACUGGUCAAGGAGUUACUGAGUGCCAUGGCGGACAGUGGCACCAGACCUGACCUUGGCACCCUCAACGCUACCCUAGAGGCAUUGACGCAGGUGGUGGCUUGGCGGCAGGCACGAGACCUUAGCCUGCAGGUCAUGUCAGAGUUCCAGCAGCAGGGGGUCCAACCAUCCCUGGCGACCUUCUACUAUUUGCUGACCAUACAUUGCAGGGAGCGCGGCCCCCUCAGCCACAUCUUACUGGACAUCUUGGACCACAUUGAGGGCCGCAGCUUCACCAUCCAGCACCCCAUGGACACACACUUCUUCGUCACUGCGAUGAACGCUGCCCGCACCCACCUGGAGAGCUUGGAGGCUGCAAGGCGCGUAAAUGCCCUUCUGCGACAUGGGGAUAACCACCUUCUAAUUGGGGACUCGUACAAGGAAUCUGUCUAUUACCGGCACUAUUUCGUCCUGUCCUGCAAUGCCCUUCCCUUUGACAAGUUCAUGGAGGUCUACAGUGAGCUGGUGCCCCACGUCUACACACCUGAGCCGGGGGUCAUGCAGGAAGUCCUCCAAGCCGUACGGGUCAGCGGCUGCCUCCACCACCUCCCCCAGCUCUGGUCUGACCUGAUCCUGUUUGACCUGGCUCUGAGGGAGAAGCUGAUGGCCCUCACCCUCUCGGCCCUGACCCAGCACCAGCCUGACCCAGCAGAGGGGGAGGAUGGCCUGACGUCGCGGCUGGUCACAGUGGCCAAGGACAUGUGGACUAGGGUGCAGGAACAGGCGCCGGAGAGGAGGAACAGGACGGGACAGAUGCUGGGGGAGCUGCUGGAGGUGCUGGUGCGCUGCGGGGACUACACCACCGCCAAGGAGGUGCUAGGGGGCAGCCCCCGCCUGGGACAAUCCUCGGCUUCCUCCAGCCCCCCCCCCUCUGCUCGACUCACUUUCUUCCCCCCCUUCCCCCAGAGCGUGGUGCUGUACGGGCAGGACGCAGGUCACCAGGAGACAGGACAGAUGGCCAUACAGGUCCGUGCCAGCCUGCAGCUCACCCCCCAGCAGCGUGCACAGAUCACCUCCCUCCUGGGCCACGACAUACCCCUGCCGCCCCCUGCCGACCCCCCCAGGGACAUAAACUAAGGGGGGGAGAGGGGGUGGAGAGGUCAUGGGUGAUAGGAAGUAAGUUUUUGUGUCACGUUUCAUUUUUGUUUUAUUUUUGUUUUAUUUUGUGAAGUUGUGUUUUACGAGGUUUUUGUGUCGGAGUUACCAAGUUGAGGUCUUUCUGCUUUUAUUUUCAUUGUUUUUCGUUGUUUAUGAGUGCCAGAAAGUGCUAUACAUAAUUACACAGUGCCCAUGAGUAAAACAGGAAUAAAAGGAAAAUGAGAAAGGAAAUGGAAGUAAAGUAUAAGAAGAGAAAGGAUAGCAAAUUAGACUCCCCUUAACCCCUUCACUACAGCCGGGCCAAAACAGCGCCCCGCCCCAUAUCCGGGAUCGCGUCAAAUUUCAAAUGUCACUAUUGAAUAUAACAAGUUUUCAGCCAUAAACUCAACAUAACCAUCAUGUAUUAUAUAUGAAAACAUGCAGAAUUAAAUGGUGCACAUAGAGAAACAUGUAUUAACUGAUAAUUUUGAGAUGUUAGCAUAAAUAUAGAGAUAAAAUAACUCGUUUAUUGGGUAGAGCAAGCCAGGACGCAAUAUGUGUCCUCGGAUAUGGUACGGGGCACGCAGGGACGCAGAAUACGCAUCCUCGUGUUGAAGGGGUUAAUAGAUUUGAAAGGGUCGUGAUAAGCUAAAGGAAAAAUGAGAAAACAAUGGGAAAGAAUGGAAAACAAAGGACAAAUAGAAGACAAAGGGAACGUAGAGAAGGAGAGCUUAUCUAACUCCCCUUAAACAGCUUUGAAAGGCAAGUCAAUGGGUUCUGAUUCCUUAAGUGAGAAGACGAACGCCAGGCAGGGAAGGGCAAAAUGCUAGACACAAUGUAUUCUUAGUCUGCAUAGUAGGUCGCUGAACAUUAGGCAGAACCAUGUCUUGUAUAAAGAAUAAAUCAGGUGUUUGUC